ACUAACUUAUCAGACAUCCAUCCACUUGUGGAGCAUCUCUGGACAUCUCUGGACAACAUGUGCCGAUCACUAGAGCAUCUGCCAAUCACUUGUCUGGAAAGGGCAAAGGAGCUCAAGGCUCGGUUUGGAAGUUUUCUACUAAAGCAAGAGCUCAACAUCAUGGGCCACUCACAAAAAACUGACAAACUAACUUUCCAUGAACUCCUGGCUCACAAAGAGGGGCUGUGCGCUUUCACAACAUUCCUGGCAUCUGAGUACAGUGAAGAAAAUAUUGCUUUCUAUUUGGCCUGUGAGGACUACAGGAACACAAAGAGCUCCUCGAAGCUGUGCGCCAAGGCCAGGAAAAUCUAUGAGGAGUUCAUCGCCUCUGACGCACCAAGAGAGGUUAAUCUUGAUCAUGAAAUUAGAAACAUCACCUUGAAGAAUAUGAAGCAGCCCACACUGUCCUGCUUCAACCUCGCCCAGAGUAAAAUUUACACCCUUAUGGAGAAAGACUGCUACCCUCGUUUCCUCAAGUCAACAGUCUACCAGGAACUCAUCACACAGCAUGUGGGUUAAACUACCCUAAAGACGGCAGCGGAGGAAUGCGUCCCUGAUAAACAUUGCAUUUGUGUGACGUGAUGGUCACUGAAUGAUCUGAACCGGUUUCCUGAGGUUCAGGAGGAAUGGACACACAGAUUCAAAAGCCGACUGGAAGGCCUCGAGCAUUCGAGAACAUUGAUUCUAUGAACACAGCAGUGGAACACACAGUGAUAAAAAUUGUAGCACUGGACAAUAACUGUGAAAGUGGAAU